UUUUUUUCCAAUACACUAUUGCUGGACGUUUUGUGGAUGGUGCUAAUGUGAAUGGUAAUGCUAAUGGCACUCCAGUUGGGAUUGCUCCACUCGCUCACCUUGCUAUUUAUAAGGUUUGCGAUUCUUUUGGUUGCUCUGAUAGUGACAUUCUAGCUGCAAUGGACGCAGCUAUUGAUGACGGUGUUGAUAUCCUGUCCCUGUCUCUAGGGGGAGGUAGUAAGGCAUUCUAUAAUGAUCCAAUUGCGCUUGGCGCGUAUAGUGCAACACAAAGAGGUAUUCUUGUAAGUUGUUCAGCUGCUAAUAAUGGUCCAUUUGAUAGCACAUUAUCAAAUGAAGCCCCCUGGAUUAUGACAGUAGGCGCGAGCACUAUUGACAGAAAACUUAAAGCUACUGUUAAGCUUGGAAACAGAAAAGAAUUCGAGGGCGAAUCAGCCUUUCAUCCAAAGGGUCACAGUUCAACAUUUUUCCCUUUGUUUGAUCCUGCAUUGAAUGCAACUGAUUUCGACAGCCCUUAUUGCGGAACAGGUACGUUGAAUGACCCUGAUAUUAAAGGCAAAAUAGUUUUGUGCAUGGCGGGUGGUGGUUAUAGCAGGAUUGAGAAAGGACAAGCAGUAAAGGAUGCGGGUGGUGUUGGCAUGAUUAUUUAUAGUUCACCUGAUGAUGGUUUCACCAAGUUCGCCGAUGCUCAUGUCCUUCCGGCUUUGUAUAUUACAUACAAAGAUGGAAUAGAAAUUCUUGACUAUAUGAACACAACAUCAAAACCUAUUGCAAGACUUGCAUUUCAAGGAACAAUAAUCGGAGAUAAAGAUGCACCGGUGGUUGCUGCAUUUUCUUCUCGCGGACCAAGCUUAGCUAGUCCUGGAAUCUUGAAACCUGAUAUUAUUGGCCCUGGUGUUAACAUUCUCGCGGCUUGGCCUCCCUCUCCUGAUAACAAACCAACCAUUAAACCUAACUUUUUUCUUGCAUCUGGUACCUCUAUGUCUUGUCCUCACCUCAGUGGAGUAGCAGCAUUGCUGAAAAGCGCG